AUGGCGGACCCAAGUGCUAUGCUUAACUAUAAUGCUGAACUGAUGAAGUGCCUGGAAGAUUUGAAGGAAAAGAGGGAUGAAGUUAACAGACAAAUAAAAAGGGAAGAGGAGGACAAGGCGAAGAUUCAGCGUGAAUUAGGAAUUUUGAAUGAGCGACUGAAAAGAGUUUCCGAAAGUCUUCAAAGAAAAACUAUCGCAAGGGCUGAGUACGAUAAGACCAUUCAAGAAAUUGAAGGAGCAUAUACCAAAAUCCUGGAAUCUUCUCAAACUCUAUUGCAUGUGUUAAAAAGAGAAUCUGUUAAUUUAUCCAAUCCAAAGAAGAGAGUUUAA